UUAGAGUUGAGCACCAUGGGGACUCCAAAAGAUCAGGCAGUGUUGCAGGCCAUCUUCAACCCUGACACCCCAUUUGGAGACGUUAUUGGGUUGGACCUAGGAGAGGAAGCGGACAAGGAAGAAGCAGACGAAGACGGAGUUUUCCCUCGAGCACAGCUGGAGCAGUCCAAGGCCCUGGAGCUGCAGGGGGUGAAGGCAGCAGAGGCCGGCGACCUCAAGACAGCCCUGGAGAGGUUUGGCCAAGCCAUCAACCUACUGCCUCAGAGGGCCUCAGCCUACAACAACCGAGCGCAGGCCCUGCGACUCCAGGGAGACGUGGCAGGUGCCCUGGAGGACCUGGAGCGCGCCCUGGAGCUGAGCCGAGGCCGGGGCCGCGCCGCCCGCCAGAGUUUCGUGCAGCGCGGGCUCUUGGCGCGGCUGCAGGGCCGAAACGACGACGCCCGCAGGGACUUCGAGCAGGCGGCGCUGCUGGGCAGCCCCUUCGCGCGGCGCCAGCUGGUGCUGCUCAACCCCUACGCCGCGCUGUGCAACCGCAUGCUGGCCGACAUGAUGGGGCAGCUGCGCCGCCCCGGCCCCGGCGCUGCGCCGGCCCGCGGGCGAGGGGAGGGGUGGGCCGCGCCCCAAUAAAGCCGCCUGGCUCUCACCGA